AUGAUAAGCACGGAUAAAAGACAUUUUUGUCCCAGCGCUCUCGAAGGUAAAUGGUGGACGUUCGCUCUGUAAGCAUUAAGCCUGAUUUUCUCUUUGAUUGUCGAUGAAUUAGUACAUAUACCAUUUUACAUUACUUUUACCAGGACUUAUGUCUAAUCAAACAAAAGAAACCUUCACAACAUAAAAAAUGCUGGUAACAUAUUGGUCCUACUUGUGCCAAAGGUUAUUAAUAGAUCAGAGAAUUGCACAGAAGCCAUGGAAAAAAAGUCAGAACUUCUGACAAAAAAACGAUAGCAAACUUACCUUUUACAUGCACAUGAUGAUGCUUCAUGAACACUUGAAAAAUAAAUAAACAUAAAAUUAACCAUUAGAUUGUUGCUAGAGUGAGUAAUUGCAUGAUCAGCACAUGUCAAUGACCAAGCGUGAGGUCAAGAUGGCUGAAUAUUGAGUUCUACAAUUUGCAACAAAAUCAUUGCCACAGUGACCUUUGCAACUCCCUAUUACUUCAAUUUUAUCUCCUUUGCCCUUUUUAAGUUAACCUAUUUACCCCUUUCUCCCUAAACAAUUUUAUAUCAUGAUUUCUUUUAUUUCAUACAGCUACAUACAGGCAACAUUGAAUAGGGUAGGGGGACUUGUCAAUGAUUUAGAGUGUUGUAGAAACAGGAGUGUUAUUCUACACAUUAACAGAACUCUUCAAAUAUGUGUCAGCUAUUGUUGAUGCUGAUUGUAGGUCCAUAGAAAUGCAAAAAGGAAAGACGCUUUGUUCAGCCAUGAUGACUGAACAAGCUCAGUCAAUAAAGGAUUUCUCCUAUAGAAAAAGGUUUCACUCUUCUGGAUCGAGGCAAAGUUGAAGUUCAUCAGAACAAGGCUAAAAUUGAGUCAUUCUGACUGAACAAGCUUGGUCAAUAGCAGAUUAAUUAUAAAGCAAUAUGAUUUCACUUUAAUAAGAAUUAAGAGUGGCUUUUUUUUUUUUUUUGAGUGCUGGGAAAGAUAGCCAACUGUGUUUGUAGUACAAUAAUCCUACAAAAUAGGUUUAUGUUUUCUUUGUUUUGACUGUCUUUUUUUAGUGCUUUUUUGACUCCAUUGCUGACAUUGUCUAAAAAUUGCAAACUUUUUAGGUCUAUUCCACAAAAUCUUUUCUCAAAUGAAAUCAAAGUACACAAUCCCAAGCCCAUCUGGUGCAUGGGCGCUGUCAGCAGUAAAGUAGAUAAUAAUUGAUUAAUCAAAAGUAAGUUCUUUUGCUAGUAAAUAUAUUUUUUUGUUAUCAGGUAAUUGAAUGCCUGGCAAAGAUCAAGAUUAGAAGCUUGAGGAAGUAGGACAUAUCUCGAUUAUGGAACAGGUUGGUUUAAUAAAAGCUUUAUACUUACUUAGUGGUUAAGCAACAAUCUUGAAUCAUGUUCACAACAUUGUUGUAUAGAAUUUUGAGGUCAGUUUUUGGCAGGCAAUGGAGUGAUCAAUUUCAUCUUAAAACACUCUGUGACUUGUACAUGCAUCAUAUUAUAUUUAGAUAUUUUCACACUUUAAAUCCCAAUAUCUGAUUGUUAAUUCUCCCAUCUAGCUGCUACAUAUAUCCUUGUGAGCUAGUUACGAGAAUUUGGUAUUAGUUAAAGAUAAACUCUUCUACUUGGUAAGUUUGAGUAUUGUCAUCACCUGUUUGGUGGAUAAUGUUUAGAUUGGAUAUUAUAGGGAGAAGCAACAUGUUCUAAGAAUUAAAGAAUUAAGGGCCUCUUUGUAUAUCUUGGUGAACUGGGCUGGUGUGAUUCCACAAUCUCAAGACUACAAGCUUGAAUUUUUUUUGGAAAGGGUUUUUAUUUUAUUUUUGGUGUUGCAUGGAAUCUGAGGAUGGCAAGCCGUCUUGGUUAUCAAUGUUAGUGGCUGCUUAUUAGGUAAAUUUGGGACACGAAAACUCAAGCUUAGAUAACAGAGAGAAUCAAACUUGAAAGAUGUCAAUUUUGUAUGUCAAUUAAUGAGCUGAAAUUUCCUUUGUUUAUGACUAGUAGUUUGGCCUAAAUUGGGCAAAUAUUAUUCUUUUUCCCACCACCACAAUGCAGUGAAUCUUAAAAAGCUGGUGUAAAUAGAACCAGUUGCAUUUGAUGUGAGCCAAACAGGAAAAAGCUGUCCAACCCUGUACUUGUAUUGCUUUGUUGCAAAACAGCAAAUAUUGCUUGUUAUUCAACUUAUCAGUCUCAGUGCCAUUUAAAUUAAAAAAUAUCAUAACAAUGCAGCUUUGGGUUAAUAUUUAUUUAUUACAAUAAUUACAGAUUCCUGAGAAAUGUACCCAAAAGAAGUUGCUGAAAAGGAAAGGAGAUGAUACCCAGGAAUUUAAGAAGUCCUGCAUCUCCACAUCAGUAGGUGGGCUCUCAGGUGUUGUAUAAACAAAGUUAUUUUUAAUCAUUCUAUGGAUUACACUCUACAAAAUUUGAAAUUAAUCGGGAAAUUGGCCUUUAAAUGACAAUAUCCUAGUCUCAGAAAAUGGAAAUACAUGUGUGUGUGUGUAUAUAUAUAUAUAUGUAUAUCUUGAGAUAGGGGAAAAACAAAGUGUUCAAUUGUGUUAUAUAACUAUAUGCUACAAAACACAGAAACAAAGCGUUACUGCGUAACAAUUGAGCAAAGCAGAAUAAUUUAUUGCCAUGCCUAUUAUGCAAAUUUGUAAAGUAAAAAUUAAAUGAUGGUUACAGUUAUUCUUGACAAUGAAAUCCCCUGAUGGGUCAGGAAUCACAAAAUAGGCUUGUAAGGAUGAAAGUUUAGUCUCUUCGUUUUUUCCCUAUCUCAGUAUAUAUCUCACUCUACUUAUACAUAUCGAGCAUUGUACAAUGGAAGAAUAAAAACACGGUCUUUCCAUGUAUACAAUCAUAUAUAUAUAUAUAUAUAUAUAAAUGAAUGUGAGGGUAGAGUCUACCUUGGCAUAAAGUGCUCAAUGCUGUGGUAGCAGAGCUAAGUAUACAUAAGUUAAAGAAUUAAAGAGGAUGCAUCGAUUCUCUGUGACUCUGAGUUUUGCGCCUAAGCGCUCGUCAGACAGAACUUUUGAAUACUUUAGUUCUGUCUGACGAGCGCUUAGGAACGAAACUCGAAGUCACAGAGAAUUGAUACGUCCUCUUUAAUUCUUUAACUUAUGUACUUAUGUGUAUAUAUAUAUAUAUAUAUAUAUAACAAUAUCUCAGCUUCAGAAAAUGGAAAUAUGUGUAAUAUAUGUUUUUUAAGAGGUUAUUUUUUUAAAAUACGUGAGGUUGCACGGAAUUGUAUUAUCAAAACUUUGAUUUGAUUACAAUCAGCCAAAUCCUCUUCAGGUUUGAAAUCUCUGUAAAAGUUUGCUAUUUUUGCUCCAAUCUUCAUAAUUUCCAUACUUAAUAUUAAACUUAUUAUACAACUUUGCUACAUGUAUGUUGUGUGUGGUCCAGUGUUUAUGUUCCAUUAAAAAGUUCUAAUCAAGUUCCUAUGCUUUCAUUUAUUCCUAUUUUAUUGAGGGGGAAUUCCUCUUAACUCCAAGUGUAAAUUUGUGAAUAUUGUUUUCUUUUGCAAGGUUCCUGGACUGAAAAGAAGGCCAAUUGUCCUCUUCCAAAAGUGAUUGAGUUUGUUGAACCAGGGAAGCAGUUAAAAAAGAAGAAAAGUUUACCACCAGUAUGUUCCAAGAGUAUCAUGAAGUUCUAAUCAAAGAUAUUGUAGAACAAUGUGGCAGAGAAUUAGUUCCACUGGACUUUUUUUCACUAAUUGAGUUAUUUCUUGGUUUCUUCUGUUUCUUUUUAAUAGCUCCUCCAUAAUUUUAAUGUACUUAGUUCACAACUUUAUGGCUUCUUAGUGGUAAUGCUCAUCUGUUUUCUAGGAGGGAUGGGUGCAAGCCUUAUGAAAGCUUGGAUUUGUUUCAGGUUCAUUUUCUACAAUGUAAUUUUUACCCUGUACAUGUCUGUGAGGAUCAAUUCAUUAGUCACCACACUGUUAAUAAUAAAAUACACCCCUUAAUGGUGUAAUCUGGUUCAACAACAAACUCCCUCUCCGCCCUCAUCAGCUGGUCAAGUCAGAAAUUUUAUUUGAGUUCACUCUUUGACCUAAAGUUCCUAGCUAAGGUGUUCCUAGAAGUAAAUACUUUUGAAUCGUAAAAGUUGUGGCUAUCCUUUAAACUUAACCACUUUUACCAUAACAUAGUAUUGACAGAAGAUUGAAAAUUAAAGGCUAUUAUUUGUCAUUGAAAUCUUUAAAAAUUACUUUUUUAUAUUAAGUUUUUUAGUUAAUAUAAUACCAGUUCUUGCAAGCCCAGGUUCUUAUUUCUCUGCAGGGGAAAAGAAAACAGAUAGAAAUUAAAAGCAAGUCAACAAGGUAAAUAUAGAUGUUAAAAGUUGGUUUUUAAAUGAGAGGGUAGGUGCCUUUUGAGGAUAGACUGGUCAGAUCACAGGUCUUUGUGAAAGGACUUUGAGGGAAAUUAUUGUUUCUAAUUGUAUCAUUUUUCAAAUAUAGGGAAGACCCUGAUGAGUUUGAAUUUAAGUCUAUUGCAAGGGAAGUUAGAGAAUUUGGUGAGACAUUUUUUUCUUUAUUAACAAAUUGACUGUAUUUUUACCAUUAUUUUAAUGCUUAGAAAAAAUUGUAGUACAAAGCUAACAAGGUGAAUUUGUUUAGCAAUUAAAAGCUUCUUUUGUUGGUGAUCACUUUACUGUUUCUUGUGACCUUAAUGUGGGAUUCUGGGGUGAUAUCACUAUGAACUGUAGUUUUAUGAAAAUUCCAUGAAUUUCAUGUGAAAAACCCAUGAAGAUCAUUUCAUGGCCCAUGAAUACUGCAAAAUGAAAUUUCAUGGGGUUAUUUUUAGCCCUGAAUUUUCCAUGAAUUUGGGGAAUUUUUUUCAUGACCCAUGAAUUUCUUCUAAGUCUAUUUUUAUGACCCAUUGAUUUGCCAUGAAAGUCACCAGAAUCAUAGUUAGUAGAGGUCUCCUCUACUAACUAUGCCAGAAUUAAUUUCAUGACCCAUGAAUUUCUUUAUAAGCCUACUUUCAUGACCCAUGAAUUUCUUCAAAGUCUACUUUCAUGACCCAUUAGUUUCCCCAGAAAGUCAUCAGAAUGAAUUUCAUGCCCAUGAAUUGCAAUCAAACAGCAUUUCAUGGGUUAACAAUUCAUUUGUUUUGGGAGAACAAAAUUAAUGCCAUGAAUAUUCCCUGAAAUCUGUUGCCCAUUAAUUUCAUUGAUGGUGAUCACUUUACUUUUUCUUGUGACCUUAAUGUGGGAUUCUGGGGUGUUAUGGUAAGGAGAAAGUAGAUGCCAGUCUUUCUUAGGAUUUUCUCCUGUUGAUAAUUAAUGGUAUCAAGUAUGUAUUUUUGCAGUGCAUUCAGAGGCCCAUUGUCAACCAGAAUGCAAAACAGGAGUUGCUUUUUUUUUAAAGUUGUCAGAUGGGAAAUAAUUGCCACUCAGAAUGUUGUGUCAUUCAAGAAGUAAAAAGGGCUAGUGAGCAAAGCUGUGUGGGUGAAAUAGGGCUUCAACAUGCUUUUUUGUUAUCUUCAUCAGGGUAGAUUUUAGUCUUGUUUUUAAUGUGUUCCCUAACAAAUUAUUUGUCGUAGGUGUGACAGGUCUCAGUAGAAAAGACAGAAAGAAAUAUGAAGACUGGAAAGCUCAGUCACUUGGUGGAAAAGUAGGUGGAAAAUCCAUCUUAUGACGUACUUCAAAUCUAGUAAUUUGAUUCUUACCAUUGACUUAAAUGAUUAUAAUAAUUUAUAGUGUGUUCAUUAGAUUUCUAAUUCUAUAUUAAUAAAGGAGCACUCAUUUUGGGGUAAGCCUGCUGUGAAAAAAAAAGAAUUGUAUGUACAUGUAUAGUUAUGCGAUUCACGUAACCCUUUAAACCCUAAGAGUGACUAUCCUCUAAUUUCUUCCUACAAUAUCAGCCCUGAAUCACUCGUUAAGGUCAUGAGAAUAAAGGAAAUGGUCACCAGGGAAGGAAACUUUUGAUUGGCAAACAAAUUCUCCUUGUCAGCACCUUAGGAAAUGUAUAAAGAACAGUAUGGAGAAUAUUCAAACUGAUUUUAGGAUGUAAAGAGUUAAAUCAGUGCAUACAACAUCCAUAGGCACCAAAAGGUCAGAAAAUGCCAUAUCCAAUGUUGAUGCGCCAGAUUAAAAGGAGAAAGGAGAGAGAGCAAGAACAAAGGGAAAGGGUAUGUACUUGUUUGGACAGUCACAAUCAAGUAUAAAAACUAUGAUUUAAUGGUAAAGUUCAGCAUAGAAAGAUGAUAUUCAUCUUGUCACAAGUGUGGGACGAGGAAAAGGAAAUUCAUUUCCCCAAGAGGAAACAUACCCCAGAAUUUGGAGUGGUGUGUACCAAUGCUUUACCAUUGGGCCACAGAGAACUCUUGGGGAGUCAGAUCGACACCAAGUUUAAAUGUGAUAUUUUUCCUGUAUAAUGUAAGGAUCAGCAAUUUGUGGACAUCAACAGGCAUUGUCACUUAGGAAAAUUUGAAACAACCAGGUGUGGAGGUCCUUGUUAUGACGAGGGCAUUGUGUACCAGUACAACUGUAAGCUGUACUGAUACGUAAGUUAUUGAAAGUUUUAACUGUCAGUAUUAUGUUUUCCACCUUGUUUAGGAACAUGCCAUGGGUAUUUUCAAAAAGAAACCAGAUAAAAAGUCAAGUGCUUCUACAAGGUUUGUGAGCAAUCUUUGAUCUACAUGUACCAUGAUUUAGUGAGGGGGUGUAAUGUCACUUCUCUUUUGUCUUGUCUCAUAGGGCUCCAAUGGGUUGGUGGGUGGAUAAUUCCUCCAAAGGCCUGCAGGCUUCAGUUGGAAAGUUCAAAGCUGGUGUCCAACGCCUGUCUAAAGCUGAUCUGCAUAAAAUUACAUCCAAGAAGAAGAGAUAACAGUGGUGGAGUUAAAUUCGCUUGCACUAGAUAGUCUAGUAGGGCAAUGUGGAUUAAAUAUUCCAUGUUUGCAAGGUAUAGAUUGUCAGAGGACUACAAGACAGCUUCAAAACCCUGGUUGAUAAGCAAGUUCUUUGCAAUUUUGUCAGAAUCAGGGAAAUGUGAAAUCACAAUUUCAUGAAUAACACUGUCUAGGACAAUAAUGUGCAGUAUGUAGUCAUCAUUGUUGACUGUAAUUAGUUAUGGACUUGUGGUAACAGGCUCAGGAUUGUCCCAGAUUUAGACUGGUUGGAUUAAGCUGAGAAAAUGUAGGGUUCGCUUCAGAAAGCUGAUUACUGAAAUGAGAAUAUACACAUUUUUCAGGUAGGGAAAGGUGGUACUAGUUAUUAGGGAGUCAAAGAUGUCACAGCAGCAAUGCAUGGGAAAUUGCAGACUAAAAAAUUACUUUCAUUUCUCCUAGGAAUUUUGUGAGUAGCACAAUAUUUUAAUAUUCCUUAGCAGGGCCAGAUCUCCCCCUCAGCAUCACAUGUCAGCAUCACCCAAGUAUAAAGUUUAAUCAAAUGUAAUUUGCAGUCAGUGUUUUUUCAUGCGAUGUAUAGAGAACGUUGAGGUUUUAAACACUCGUAGGUUUUCCUUUCAUAUUCUUUGUCUUUCAAUUCUUAUUUCUUGGAGGUUCAAGAUAAAAAUCUUUAGUUCCAUCUCUUGGUAAAUUUGAGUUGAAAAUGGUUCAUGAACAAUGUACUAUUAUAUGAGUGUUUUUCAUUCUAUAUUGUAAUCAAACUUACUUUAAAAUAAAUGCACAGAUUUCCAAUUUUUCCCUCUUACUAAUAGUGAUUUUAUUGUAAUUUUUUUUAACUAGAUAUUAAAUGUACUUGAAAUAAUUAUAUAUUUAUGAGUAGACUUUAACCAAAUUACCUACAAGGGGUUUUUCACAGAACCAUGAAUUACACUAACGCUAAUUUCUGAGGGUGCUCUGGUGAAGCAUUUUGCAGUGUAAAAUAGAAUUUAAAAAAGGCACACAAUGUUAGUAAAAUGAAUUUCUCACUCCAUUGUUGUUUUUCUGAGCUGAAGGUAGUUCAAAUUGUGAGCUUUAGAUUAUUUCUCAAUCAGUUGAGUCCUAGCCUGGGACAAUUUAAGACACAAAUUACACAUACAAUCUGUUAAACUAAAAAAUUUCACAGUGAUUGUACAGCAAUCUCAUUAAAACUGAAAAUUCUGUCACUUCUGUUUCAGUAACUUGAC